AUGGCUACUACUGCUUCUCCAAUGGCCAGCCAGCUCAAGAGCAUCUUUGCCUCAUCUUUAGCAAGAAGGCUUGUCAUUCCCAGAGGCAUAUCUGGAGCUCCAUUUAGAGUUUCUCCCACCAAGAGAAGCUUCACUGUCAAAGCUGUUCAAUCAGAGAAGCCAACUUACCAAGUGGUUCAACCAAUCAAUGGAGAUCCCUUCAUUGGAAGUCUUGAGACUCCCAUCACAUCAAGCCCACUGAUUGCAUGGUACCUCUCCAACUUGCCCGCCUACAGGACAGCAGUCAGCCCACUUCUCCGCGGAAUCGAGGUUGGACUGGCUCAUGGCUUCCUCCUCGUAGGUCCAUUUGUCAAGACUGGUCCACUGAGGAACACAGAGUAUGCAGGUGUAGCUGGAUCUUUGGCUGCAGGUGGUCUAGUUGCGAUACUAAGCAUUUGCUUGACCAUGUAUGGAAUUGCGUCAUUCAAUGAAGGAGAGCCAUCUAUUGCCCCAGGUCUAACCUUGACUGGUAGGAAGAAGGAGCCUGACCAGUUGCAAACUGCAGAUGGAUGGGCCAAGUUCAGUGGAGGAUUCUUCUUUGGUGGAAUUUCUGGUGUCUUCUGGGCAUAUUUCCUUCUCUAUGUCAUCAACCUUCCUUACUAUUUUAAGUAG